CCCUAGCCUCCCAGCCCUUAUGUACAUAAACGUAUUUGCUCCGCCCUGAAACCCUACGCUUCUCAACGCCGAUCAAAAUGCAGAUCUUCGUGAAGACCUUGACGGGGAAGACGAUCACCCUCGAGGUCGAAUCGUCGGACACAAUCGACAAUGUGAAGGCCAAGAUCCAGGACAAGGAGGGGAUACCGCCGGACCAGCAGCGCCUGAUCUUCGCCGGGAAGCAGCUGGAGGACGGCCGCACCCUCGCGGACUACAACAUCCAGAAGGAGUCCACCCUCCACCUCGUCCUCCGCCUCCGCGGCGGCGCGAAGAAGCGCAAGAAGAAGACCUACACCAAGCCGAAGAAGCUGAAACAUAAGCACAAGAAGGUGAAGCUCGCCGUCUUGCAGUACUACAGGGUGGAUGAGUCUGGAAAGGUCCAGAGGCUUCGCAAGGAGUGCCCCAACGCCGAGUGCGGCGCCGGAACCUUCAUGGCCAACCACUUCGACAGGCACUACUGCGGCAAGUGUGGCCUCACCUAUGUCUACCAGACCGGCGGUGAUUAAGCCUUUCUUUUUUUUGCUUCAUCAAAUCUUUAAUUUUGCUAUGAUUAUCACUUUUGGAUUCUUGAAUUAAGCCUUUUCACCAUGGUUUUAGAACUGAUUGCCCUCUACCUUUAUGCAUAAGGUGUGAUGUAGACUUAUUUCCGAGUUAAUGCCUUUUUCAUCACUAUUUGUUUUGCGUGCUAAUUCUUUCAUGCUUGGCUUUAAUCAUUGUUUCAGUGUUUCUUAAUGUUUGAAAUCUUCAUAAUGUGAUAUAAAGAAAGAAUCAAGCUGUUUUGAUUAG